AACAGUACUACUGAUACAUAUUGUCAUCUUCUGGUGAAUUUUACAACACAAAACAACAAUGUUUGCAUCCAUAUGUUGUCACCUGCCCCGUAUCCAUCCUGAAGUAAGCCAUGAAUGAUGCCUUCACCAUCAGGUUAAAGUGUGGCGAAGGGGCCGAACCAAGUUUAUAAAGAGGAAGGCAGACGGAGGCAACAGCCUCAUUCGGUGAGGGAGUUUGUCAGUUGGUGUGCUAUCAUGUCUGGAUCUUCAUGUGUAAUUCUCACUCGGCUGCUUCUUAUCAGCUCCGGUCUUUUGCUCACAGACACUGUCACCAUUGACAUCGGAGACAAUCAACAGUCAAGCAAGGCAGAAAGCCACACGCCAUUUCUCGGCUCCCCACCACCAUCACUUGCCUCAUUCACUGCUUCUUCCGUUCAUGCCGUCCAACCUGCUGAUGUCUCAGUGCUUUAUUGGCUGAGCAUGUCACGUUCUGGCAGGAAUGUGACGUCAAAGAUUGGCAGUCGAGUGGGCGAGCUGCUGUCCAUGUUCAACCCGGCAGCGGUCGCUGGAAAUGUGGAAUUCCUGUCGCAACCUGGGAGUUUACAGGAAGAAGCAGAGCAUCUUUCUGACACCUUGACAGAUCAGUUUAUGGGCACUGAGAUCCCCUGCAAGAACCGCCGUCCGUCUCCAACAACGCCAACAUCAGUUCAUGAGCUGAGACCAGCUGACGUCAAGGUGGUGGCUGCACUCGGCGACUCUCUGACAGCUGGCAAUGGUGUCGGCGCAAAGUCAAACAACCUUCUGCUGAUCAUCAACGAGUACAGAGGACUGUCCUGGAGCAUUGGCGGUGAUGAAAACAUCACCACGGUCACCACUCUACCGAACAUCCUGAGGGAAUUCAACCCCUCCCUGACAGGCUUCGCUCAGGGGAUUGGCAAGCAAGACUCCCCCGCAGCCUUCCUCAACCAGGCCGUUGCCGGAGCCAAAAGCGGUGAUGUCGUUGAACAAGUGCGCGCCCUAGUGGACAUCAUGAAAAACGACACGAGAAUCGAUUUCCACAAUGACUGGAAAGUGAUCACCUUGUUUAUUGGGGGCAAUGACAUAUGCGACUUCUGCUCGGACACUGUGAUCUUCUCACCCAGGAAUGUGGCCAAACGCAUCCGUCGAGCGCUGGACAUACUCCACAGUGAGGUGCCACGUGCGCUAGUCAACCUGGUGGAGCUGAUGAACAUUUUACCACUGCGCGAGCUACAUAAAGAGAAUGGGCUGGGAUGCCCCACCUGGUUUGUCAGGAUUGUUUGCCCGUGCGUACUGAAGCCAAAAGAUGGCUCGCUCGAACUCCGGAAGACGGAAGAAUUCAGCAGAGCUUAUCAGCGUGCAAUGCGAGAGCUGGUGGACUCCGGGCGCUAUGACACUCACGACAAUUUCACCGUCGUCCUCCAGCCUUUCUUCAGGGAGGUUUUUCUUCCUACAUUGCCGGAUGGAAAGCCAGAUCGCUCGUACUUUACACCCGACUGUUUUCACCUGAGCCAGAAAGCUCACACGUCGAUGGCCCGAGCGCUCUGGAACAACAUGCUAGAGCCGGUGGGAAACAAAACUUUUACACAAGACUUCUCUGGCCGGAUCGAUCUCAAGUGUCCCUCUGAGACAGCACCCUUCUUUAGAACGGCUGCUAACAGCAACUACACAUUCCCAGGACCUCUGCCGACCCCUGCGCCGGUUACUAACUGGGGCAGCGACUUCAAAUGUCUUAACACGGGACCAUCUGACUCGCCGCCCACUUCAGUUCACAGGGUCCGGCCAGCUGACAUUAACGUGGUGGCCGCUUUGGGGGACUCCAUUACAGCUGGCUUUGGUGCUAAGGCAAAGAAUCUACUGCAGCUCAGAACAGAAUAUAGAGGAGUGUCAUGGAGCAUCGGAGGCGAUAAAAGCCUGGAGACGGUCACCACGCUAGCCAACAUCCUCCGGAAGUUCAAUCCAGACGUUAAAGGAGCGUCAAAAGGCCAAGGGAAGAAGAAGAGCGGCUUCAACAUGUCAACAUCAGGAGCCAAAAUCUCGGGAAUUCCUGGACAAGUCCGACGCCUGAUUGAAGUGAUGAAAAACGACACUACAGUGGACUUUGCCAAUGACUGGAAGCUGGUGACCCUCUUCAUUGGUGGCAAUGACCUAUGUCAAUUCUGCAAUGACAGAGCCUCUUUGUCACCUCAGAACUACAGCCAUCACUUGAUGGCCAGCUUGGACAUGUUGUACCAAGAGGUACCCAGGACCAUCGUCAACAUUCUGGAAAUCUUGCAGGUGGAAGGCCUGCGUAGGAUCAAGAAGGACAGUCUCGGGUGCAACGUGAUACAACCAUUGGCCUGCCCGUGCUUCUUAUUACCAGGGGAUGACUCUUUGGAGCUGGCCGAAGCCAAAAGGAUCAAUCGGGAAGUGCAGAUUGAGACGGAGAGAGUGGCAUACAGUGGUCGCUAUGACGACAGGGAAGACUUUGCCGUGGUCGUGCAGCCCUUCCUCAGAAACUCCGUUAUGCCUUUGAAUGCUGACGGCCGACCCGACGUCACCUACUUCAGCGAGGACUGUUUCCACUUGAGCGAACGGGGGCAUGCCGACAUGGCCGUUGCCAUGUGGAAUAACAUGUUGGAGCCUGUGGGCGAAAAGCAGACAUACAACAAUUUCACAGGUGGUAGAGAUCGCAUCAGGUGUCCCACAGAGGAGCAUCCUUACAUCUACACAAAGGUGAACAGUGGAGCCAGUCUACCUUCAACUCACUGCCCCAAGUGUGUCCCCGUAUGGCUGGCCACGGUCCUGGCCCUCUCUGCCCUCCUUCUGGGCUGGGCCCUCACCUGGUUGAUGCUCACCUGCAGAGCCAAGAUGAAGAAAAGGAGCACGACUUUUGCAACAACAGUAGAGAUGAAGGCCUCUUUGUUUUAAAGUAGGGUUCAAAUGGAGUUCUGUGUGUAUAGUAUCUUUGUAAAGAAAGAUAUGGCGGCUCGUGGGGGGGGUAUGAGGUUAUGAUAAAACAAAUGAAUGUAAAAUAUUAUUUAUUUAAAUGUUGAAUUUCAAUACUUUCAAUGUUGUAGCAGGUAUCACAACUCAUUGUAGAAGCAAUCAUUUUUUUGAUGAAUAUAGAUGAUGUAUUUUCGUCAUGCGCACUAAUUACACUAUUAAUAAAAGUUCGCUAGCAUGUGAUUUAUAUUUUAUGAUGUAUUAAUAGUUUUGCACUUGUCUUUUAAAUAAUAGAUAAUGACAUU